GGUUGAGCUGAAAGUGGGGAGAGAGAUCAGUCCAAGCUAACGUGUGAAUAUGUCUGAGCCUAUUAGAGUUCUGGUGACUGGCGCUGCUGGGCAAAUUGCCUAUUCCCUGUUGUUCAGCAUUGCCAAGGGAGAUGUCUUUGGCAAAGAUCAGCCAGUCAUCUUGCUCCUUUUGGACAUUACGCCCAUGUUGCCAGUCCUGGAGGGUGUUGUCAUGGAGCUGCAGGACUGUGCUCUCCCACUUCUGAGAGAUAUUGUCCCCACUGACAAGGAAGAAGUAGCCUUCAAGGACCUGGACGCAGCCAUCUUGGUUGGCUCCAUGCCCAGGAAGGAGGGCAUGGAGAGGAAGGACCUGCUCAAAGCCAACGUGGCCAUCUUCAAGAGCCAGGGAUCAGCCCUAGAGAAGUACGCCAAGAAGACUGUCAAGGUGCUGGUUGUGGGAAACCCUGCGAAUACCAACUGUCUAAUUGCAGCCAAGUCUGCUCCCUCCAUCCCCAAAGAGAACUUCUCCUGCCUCACCCGUCUGGACCACAACAGGGCUCGCUCUCAGGUGGCGAUGCGCUGUGGCGUUCCUGCCACCCACGUGAAGAAUGUGAUCAUCUGGGGCAACCACUCGUCCACCCAGUACCCAGACGUGCAUCACUGCAUGGUCAACGUGUCUGGUAGCGAGCUCGCCUGCUUUGAUGCAGUCAAGGAUGAUGCCUGGCUUAAAGGAGAUUUCAUCACUACAGUGCAGCAGAGAGGUGCUGCUGUCAUCAAAGCCAGGAAGCUGUCCAGUGCCAUGUCUGCAGCCAAGGCCAUCUGUGACCACAUGAGAGACAUCUGGUCAGGCACCCCUGAGGGUGAAUUCAUCUCCAUGGGUGUUUACUCCUCUGGCAACUCCUAUGGAGUCCCAGAUGACCUCAUCUACUCAUUCCCUGUCCAGAUCAAGGACAAGACCUGGAAGAUUGUGGAGGGAUUGCCCAUCAACACCUUUUCCCAAUCAAAGAUGGACGCCACAGCAGCAGAGCUGAUGGAGGAGAGAGACACAGCUGUGGCUUUCCUGGGAGUAUGACUAGACCCUGCAAAGCCACCCAACCGGCACUUAGACCGCCCCAAAACUCCAGAUGCACGCCUGUGAUAAAGCACUCCACCAACCCCUGCAUUACUUUGUGUGUCUGUGUGUUUGAGAGAGAGUGAGUCAGUGUUUGAGUGUAAAGUUGGAUUUAUACUUGUGCAUUGGGAAGCUACAGUGUAGAAAUUAGCCUAUGCACAUAGCCACCAUAGCUUUAGCUAUGCUAAGGUGCACACUUUCAAAAAUGUACAGCAGCUAAGGAGAUCCUAAAUGGAGAUAGUGAUUGGCUGUUACAGUUUGGGGGGAUAAGGUAACCAGGUCUACUUUGGCUAUAAAUGAUUGCACUGCAUUAGUCCCCUUUUCAGUAGCCACCAGACACCCACAGCAGGGCCGCUGUACACUGUGACACAGUAUAACUCCAUCUUGACUAUACAGUAUAUACUGAAAGUCCACCAGCUUUUUUUCCAAUAACUUUUCUCUGGGGGUAAAUGAAACAUGGAUGGUUGUUACAUGUAGUCAAUGAUGCAUUAAGUCGUCAAACACGGGAAAGGAUAACCUUUUUAAAGCUGAAACAAUAAAAAAAUUAAACAAUG